AUGUCCUCAAAGCAAGACAACCAGCGCUUCAGCGGUGUAGCCGACGUCAACCCGGGCACACAAAAGCAGAGCUCGACCGGUCGAAUGGCAACGGCGAAGACGGGUCAAGAGAAGAAGCUGGAUGAUAUUGGUCCUACCCAAUUGCUGGCGGAACACAUGAACGCUGAGGGCAACCCUGUCCCCGACUCCCCGGCUGGAAAGCAAAGUAAGGAUGACGUCGACGUGUAUGAUGCUAUGACCAAGGAUUUUGAUUAG